AUGCUGACAGGAAAGUGCAUAGCCAGUCAAUCAGGAUCAACUUUCUUCAGUAUAAGUGCCUCCAGCUUGACCUCCAAAUGGGUAGGAGAUGGUGAGAAAUGGUGAGCAUUAUUCGCAGUUGCAAAUGUACAUCAACCAGCUGUAGUUUUCAUAGACGAAAUAGAUUCCCUCCUAUCCCAGCGCUCCGACACAGAGCACGAGAGCUCCCGCAGAAUCAAAACCGAAUUCCUGGUUCAGUUAGACGGCGCAGGGACUGGUGAAAGUGAUAGGAUAUUAGUCAUAGGUGCCACUAAUAGGCCCCAAGAACUAGACGAAGCUGCUAGACGAAGAUUGGUUAAACGGCUUUAUAUUCCUUUACCAGAUAAACCAGCAAGAAAUCAAAUGGUCAGUCGCCUCAUGCAAUCAGAAAAUCAUUCUUUGACUGAUGAAGAAAUUAACAGCAUAUCUGAUCUAACUGACGGUUACUCUGGUUCGGAUAUGAAGAAUCUUUGCCAGGAAGCUGCUCUCGGUCCAAUAAGAUCUUUAGAUUUUCGAGCUAUUCAGAAUAUCAAGACGAAUGAGGUUCGUCCAAUAACAUUCCAAGAUUUUGAGACAGCUUUGAAACGAGUUCGAGCUAGUGUAUCAGACAUGGACUUAGACCAAUACGUGAAGUGGAAUAAUUUAUACGGUUCUGGAUAAAUAAUUCUGUCUGAAAUCA